GGUGGAGGUGAGUGGGUGAUGAUGUCCUCUGGGGACGCUGUGUAGGUGGGGUGGUUGUACUUGUCGAUCAGGAUUACCCAGGCCUUUCCACCCAAAAUUUUAUCCUGGUUAAAAACUAUUUUGCAUUAAUUAUCAAGCGUGUUGUGGGAGAAAGGAGUCCAUGGAAUCAGAAAACCCGGGAGUCCAGGCCACUGUACCACCUUGGGCCUCAGGUUCCUACUAUAUAAAUUGAGGGCCCCAGUCACUGCACGUUCUGUCUGGUCUGAUGGCCAGCUUCCCAGGCUCCUGAACACACUUCUGGCCGCUCUCCGACCUACUGCUGAGUACCGCCGACCAUGCCUGCGGGAGUGCCCUGGACCAGCUACGCAAAGAUGAUGGCAGCCAGCCUCCUGUCCAUGUUCGCAGGGGCUGAAGUGGUGCAUAGGUACUACCGGCCGGACCUGACAAUACCUGAAAUUCCACCAAAGCCUGGAGAACUCAAAACGGAGCUUUUGGGACUGAAAGAGAGAGAACACGAACUUCAAACUUCUCAACAGCAGAAACCUCAAAAUGCAACUAUGCCAAGAACUCUGUGAAUAAGAAGCCUUAAAUAUAUAUUUUUGCAAUUUA